GUCGGCGUAGCAAGUGUGAUGUAAGAGAUGGUGUCAGAAGAUCUCUAGGCUCUUGCAAAGACAGAAAUGCUACCUGCGACCAUUUUGCUGUUUUCAGUUCUAUUCGGAUCACUGGCGUCAUCGAAGACGCCAUUCAGCGCUUCUCCAACUACUCACCAUGCUCACAGCACAGUAGUGAUCACAUCAGCAGCAUCAACUCAGACAAUAAACGACGAGCUAUCAACUAAAUCAAGGGGAGCAGAGCCCAAGUCUACAGAGAAGGCACCGCAAACGAGAACCCUACCGAACCACGCUUCUAGAUCCAUUUCUACGGUGACGGCAGUGGCGACUUCGGUAAAGACUGAUAUCGCUAGCAGCGUCGCUCCAAGCCACGCAGAAGUGGGCGAUGAUCGAUGUGAAGUGCUUGUGGGCGCAAGUCUGUGCAAGAAGUAUGUUGCCAAUCGAACAGUAUUUUUUGACGGACGUCUACAGCAACAAGAAACUGUAAAGUACAUCGAUUUUAUACUUGAUCAAAUACAGCAAUUUGCAUCCUCGCUUCGUGAUCGGUGCAAAGGAAUUCUUGAAGAAUUUGUUUGCAGAUACGUUCUAACAAACUGUACCGUUACAUCAAACAGCAGCCAGGAUAUAUCCAUAGCUGUGCUCUGUAAAGAAAGCUGUGAAACCACAUUUCAAAGAAUACGUUUUUGCUCUCCACAGUUUGUGUCAAUCCUAGGCAGUGUAGGUGGCUUCAUUUCUACUUAUAAUGGCACAUCACCUAAACACUUAUCUCUAAAGCAAUUGGAAUGCAAUGAACUGGACACCAAAGAAAGGUCUAACUAUACGUGUUUGACCAUCAAUCCAUUGACAGACGUGACUGAUGUACCAUCGAUAUCAACAACUGCUUCUUUGACAGUAAGCCACAAAACUAUGGCAAGUAGGAGCGUCUCCGAUAUUGCAAGUCUAGCGGUUGACAAAAGCUGUGAGACAACAACGAUGUCACCGAACAGGAAAGUUGUUAAUGUCUCGACUUGUGGUGAUGGCGGCACGGUUCCGUCUGGAACUCCUUGCUACUUUCCUUUCAAGUAUGGAGGUUUGACGUACAACGAAUGCACCACAAGCAAUCACAACCGUCCUUGGUGUGCUACGAGAAAAGGAGACGUGGAAUCCCACAAUCAGUUUGGAGAUUGCGACUGUUCUGAUAAUUUAUCGCAAUACUUCAAUAGCGAUUGUCAACCAUAUCAAGACUCACAAGGAGUUUGUGACCGAUUCAAACGAGGAAAGAAGGUGUUCGUCGAUUUAUGCUUUCCUCAAGAUGUUAUUACCAACAAGUUUACUGAAGCGGGCGAUCAAUUGUUGAAUACUCUAAAGACUUCUUCCGAUUCGUGGUGUGUCGAACAGCUGCGUAGAGCCAUGUGUGAGUUAUCGUUUCCUCCUUGUGCAAUACUAACUUCAGGUGUCGUCGUUCCACGAUUAUUAUGCAAAGAGUCAUGUCAACAGUAUGUUUAUGGAAACUGCAGUCUCGUUUACGCGAGAGCGCUCGAAGUACUGAAGAUAGUAAGUAACUUGAAUUCUGGUCGUAACAUGGUGCCACUCCACUUAUCUGCACGCGUACUACCAACAUGUGCUCAGCAACCUACCAAAUCAGAAUCGAACGGAUCUUGCUUUGAUAUUGCUGUAGACUUUGGCUACAAAGGUCCAGCAACGUCCAAACCAACCGAAAAAAAGAUGAAUGACAGCGAUAACAUUUUAUCAGUAAUUGUACCUACCGCUGCCUGUGUUUUCUGUAUUUGCCUCUUUGCAAUCGCCGUAGUCUUUGUUAUUAUACGAAGACGAAGAAAAAAGACGCUAGACGCUGUUUCAACAAAUGGAGUGUAUUUUAUAAGAAACAGUGUCAGCUUUCAAACAAGUAUGAAAUUGCUUCAUGAAGUCAACGAUACAGAAGACUCCAUGUCUCCAUCUUUGAAAGAUGUUCUUAAAUCUUUAUCAGCAAAUAUGAAAGAACGAUCCUCACAAUCUGUGUUUACGUAUGAAGCAGAAGAAGCUGCCGUAACAUUGAUACCAGAAGUGGAACACAAGCAGCUGCAGUAUGUUAGAGACUUGGGCGAAGGCGAAUUUGGACAAGUGCUACUGGCUUCUAUAUCCAAUUUUGAAAGCAAGCAAGCUUCAACUCUAGUUGCCGUUAAAGUUCUCAAACAAUCCAAUGAUGCAAAAGCAAAACAGUCGUUUUGGAAAGAAUUACGUGUGAUGGCACUACUGCAGCAUGAAAAAAUUGUAAAACUCUUGGCUAAAUGUACAACUGAAGAGCCGAAUUGUUUAGUGUUUGAGUUUAUGGAGAGCGGUGCCUUAGUCGAUUUCUUGCGACGGUCACAAGUUGGCGUCGAAACGGAACUGAUCGAUUCACAAGAACCGACUGUUUCUCAAAUCAAGCAAACACUCACAAGCGAAGAUUUGAAGAAAAUCGUUUGCCAGAUAUGUCAAGCCCUUGUGUACUUAUCCGAAAAGCGUUUCGUGCAUCGAGACAUUGCUGCUCGGAACUGCUUGGUAGGAAAGAACCUUGAUGUCAAAAUUGCUGAUUUUGGUUUGUCUCGAGACGUGUACUCAGAAGACUAUUACAGGGCUGCUGGAAAAUGUGCUCUUCCUAUCCGAUGGAUGUCACCAGAAAGUAUAAUGUAUGGCUUAUUUACAAUCAAAUCGGAUGUGUGGGCGUUUGGCGUUUUCAUGUGGGAAGUAUUCUCUCUCGGAAUGCAACCAUACUAUGGCUUAUCUAACGAGCAAGUCAUUGAUUAUAUCUGCCAUUUAAAAACACUGAGUGUGCCCAGUGAAUGUUGUUCUGAAGAUACGUUUGCGCUGAUGACAGAGUGUUGGACGAAAAACCCAGAAAUGCGGCCCAAUUUCAAAAGUAUUUUGAGCAGACUGGAAACAACUUGACGCCGUUAUUGCAUGUCAUACUCUUUGAAAAUCGUGACAAUUAGGUCUUUGUCUGAGGUGCUAGUAGUUCUUUUUCACUUUUUAUUACUACAAAUAGACUUUAUACAUGCAUUUUUUCUCCAAUUUACUGUAUACAUAUUGCUGAACCUUCUAAAACGUCUACAUAUGAUAAUGACAAUUUGAGUCGUUUUCUCGCUUUCUUAUUAAACCGAGAACAAUUUUCUUAAUCGUCGUCAUUCUCGUUGUUUGUUAAUGGUAGAUUUGUUGGUAAAAAAUAGAAGAGCAUAAAUCUGA